GUCUGCACGCUCGGUAGGAUAAAUCCAGCUUCUCCUCCAUUCUCUCUCUCUUUUUCUUUGCCUCUGCUACACACACAUACACAGGUGCAGCUCUUUGGCAACCCUUACACACUCACAUACACACAUUUAAAAUACACAAAUUCAACAGAGGUCCACAUUAGUUGGUCCACUUUUCUGGUGCUGUGAAACUUGACUUUUUGCCUUCAUGGAGGAUUACCACAAACCUGACCAGCAGACAGUGCAGGCGCUGAGGAACAUCGCCAACCGCCUCCGGAUCAACUCCAUCAAGGCAACAACUGCAGCGGGCAGUGGACACCCCACAUCAUGCUGCAGCGUGGCAGAAAUCAUGUCUGUGCUUUUCUUCCACACCAUGAAGUACCGCCCUGAGGACCCCAGGAACUUCAACAGUGAUCGUUUCGUCCUGUCCAAGGGUCACGCUGCUCCGGCCUUUUACUCCAUGUGGGUUGAAACAGGUUUCCUGAAGGAGACCGAGCUGCUCAGUUUGUGCCAGGUUGACUCUUCCCUGGAGGGCCACCCAACCCCGAAGCAGCAAUUUAUGGAGGUGGCUACCAGCUCCCUGGGGCAGGGUCUUGGUGUGGCUUGUGGAAUGGCUUACACCGCCAAAUAUUUUGACAAGUCCAGUUACCGUGUGUACUGCCUGCUGGGGGAUGGAGAGAUGUCGGAGGGAUCUGUUUGGGAGGCCAUGUCGUUUGCCUCUUACUACCAGCUUGACAACCUGGUGGCCAUCUUGGACAUCAACCGACUGGGCCAAAGUGACCCUGCACCCCUGCAGCAUCACGUGGACAAAUACCAGAAGCGCUGUGAAGCUUUUGGUUGGCAUGCUAUAGUUGUGGAUGGACACAGUGUGGAAGAGCUUUGCAAGGCUCUGAGCCAGCCCCGCCAUCAACCCACCGCCAUCAUUGCUAAAACCAUCAAGGGCAAAGGCAUUCCAGCUGCGGAAGAUAAGUUAGGAUGGCAUGCAAAAACUCUGCCCAAAGACAUGGCCGACAUGGUUACGAAGGAUCUGCAGAGCCGCAUCAUGAACAGCAGCAAGCACUUGUACCCAUCUGCUCCGGUAGAGGACUCCCCGCCGGUCAGCCUGAGAAACAUCAGGAUGCCGAGUGCACCGAGCUACAAGGCUGGGGAGAAGAUUUCAACACGGAAAGCAUAUGGGAUGGCUUUGGCCAAGCUGGGCCGCUACAAUGAGCGUGUUGUGGUCCUUGAUGGAGACACCAACAACCUCACCUACUCGGAGAUCUUCAAGAAUGAGCAUCCCAACCGCUUUGUUGAGUGCUACAUUGCACAGCAGAACAUGGUCAGCGUUGCCAUGGGAUGUGCUGCCCGUGAGAGGAACGUUGUGUUUGCCAGUACCCUUGCUUCCUUUUUCACUCGUGCCUAUGACCAGCUUCGCAUGGCAGCCAUUUCAGAAAGCAACAUCAAUCUGUGUGGCUCCCACUGUGGCCUCUCCACUGGAGAGGAAGGCCCCUCUCUGAUGGGUCUGGAGGACAUGGCUAUGUUCAGGGCCCUUCCCACAGCAACCAUUUUCUAUCCCAGUGACGGCGUGACUACAGAGAAGGCUGUGGAACUGGCUGCAAUUACAAAGGGUGUUUGCUAUAUCCGAACCAGCCGCCAAGACAGUGCCGUCAUCUAUAACAGCAAUGAGGACUUCCAUGUUGGACAGGCUAAGGUGGUGUACCAGAGCAAGGACGACCAGGUGACUGUGGUGGCAGCUGGAGUGACUUUGCACGAGGCACUGGCAGCAGCUGAACAUUUAAAGAAAGAGAGGAUCUCAGUCAGGGUUAUUGACCCCUUCACAAUCAAACCACUGGAUGCCAAAACCAUCAUCGAUCACACACGUGCCACCAGGGGACGAGUCCUCACUGUAGAGGACCACUACUAUGAAGGUGGCCUCGGGGAGGCGCUGUGCUCAGCAAUGGUCAACCAGUCUGGCUUCAGUCUGCAUCGCCUGGCAGUGUCCCAUGUGCCCCGCAGUGGCAAACCACAAGAGCUGCUCAAGAUCUCUGGCAUAGACCGUGACGCCAUCGCCCAGGCCGUCCGCAAGAUGCUCAGCAGCUCCACCAACGCCAAGUAACUCCUCCCCUGCCCCACCCAGCUACAGUAACCUGAUCACACCCCCUGCAGGUGAAGAGACACAGUCAAGUAUGAUUUUGAUUCACGCAACACCCAGCUCUUGAAAACCCCCUCACUAUGAAUGCCUCCCAAGUGUGUACUAAAGUAAUGUGUUUUCGUGCCGUACACUUUAAAGUAGAGUUCCACAUGUAUGUUAAUUUCAUGAAUCCAUCACACCACACACACACAGUAAAACAAGACACAAUUAUAAACAGUCAUAAACUCAUGUACUCAUAAAACCAGCACUGUUCUGGAUCCAGUUCAUUCAUCAAAAUGUGGCCAUAACUGACUCAUCCUACUUCAGAAAUUUGAUUAACUCCAUUCAACAGGAAAUGUGUUGUUGUUUUUUUAAAUAUUGCUCUGAUGUAGCUCUUAAUAGUGGGUGGGGCCUAGUUUUUGAAGUAGGUGUUCAUCAUGACAGUGACAGUUUGAGAAAGAAUCUAACCGAGUUGUUUGUAGAAGGUAGUGGAGAAAAAAACAAAACAAAUGUAGAGAGAGAGCAGUCACGCAAAACCAAAUUUCCCAAUCUAUAGACACAUUCACAUCAUUUCUUUCCAGCACUUUUCUUUUUUAAAUUGAUUUUAAAGUUACAAUAAACAAACACACCUCAUUGUUCAUUUGUGCUCAGCUGUAGAUACAUACAAGAUCAUAUUCAUUGUGUGAUCAGUGACAUCAUCUAUUCACAUGAGGUGGAGGGUUGAAGGACCCUCCGGUGCUGAUGGAGGAUAUGGUUGGUUGUGACUACGGAGGUAGAGUUACAUCUGACUUUUGAAUAAAAGAUCAAACACUCUCUUUGUUACUUGAAAUUUUGUAUGUAUCUUACUUUCAUGUAAUAAAGCCCUCUGCAUUUGA